GGAAAAAUAGAGUACUUGGAUUAUUAUACUGUCAAAAUGGAAAAGAUUCUAUGAUGGAAAAAUUGGCGAUGAGUUGCACCCAUACAUCCCCAGAUACAUCUUCCUCGGAAUCGAUAGCUCGACUUCUGAGUGCCCAUCGAGAAGCCCUGCAGAAUGCAUCCCGCAAGUGUCUACCCCAUCGAGAUUUGGACGAAUUCAGCGCCAAACUACAACAAAAGAACAGCAAAAGGCAAGCCACACCAGAUGGGAGCAUUUCUUCCGGCAGUUGUAUAACGUUCGAACCGCAUCGAAUCUACACAAUUGAGGAGGUCCCCGAAGAUUCUCGGAUUUCUGUCAAGAAAACACCGCCUAUUUCAUCGAGCGCCGAAGAACUGAAGGAACGCGUUGAUCGAUUGAAACGCAUAUCUGCGACGGCCAGGAAUGCAAAACGUCCGGAAAGUCGGCGGGGAUCAGAAACACGGCCACAAAUUGUGCAAAUCACAACGCGAGUCAACUACCACGAGGAGAUCGUACAAAAGUUUGAAAUUAUCGACCGUUUUUUGAAGGACCAGAUGGAACUCCAGCAGGACUCCGUUAGUAGUGACCUGUCCGUACGAAGGCGAUACAAUCGAUCGAAAUCGACGCCCGACCAGAAUCGGGUGAUUCGGAGUCUUUGUUGUAGUUGCAUUUCUGGAAAUUAAGUUAAUAAAUUAUUUUGUGCAAUAUUUAACUGCUGAUGGAUAAAUGCUUGAAGAGGUUCA